AUUACUAAAUUAGUCACUUUACAAGUUCCUGAAAACACAAAUAAAGAACGUAAACAUUUUAAAUAAAAUCGAAUGUCUCUUUGGAAUAGUUUUCAUGAUAUUUGGACUCCUAGUGGAAAACAAUUUAUUUUUUAACCAUUCGAAUUCGAAUAAUAACCAUUAAAAUAAAUUUAAACACGCCGAUUAAGUUAAUAACUUUCGAGAUAAGUUUCUAAAAUAUAAUAAAGUAUUGAUAACAAAUAAAAAAUUUUGGAAGAAACAUUUAUGCCUAAAAAAGUUUAAACAAUCACAACAUAUUUGUAAAUUAAAGAAGCACCACAACAAAAGAGUCCAUCAAUACUCAAUUCUAAGAGAACUGAAUCUCGCAUUCAAACAUCAAGAACCUAAUCAGCAACACCUAUGAUGAGACACUCUAAAAAACACUAAAAAACUAUUGAAAUCAGAGAUACGAGAGGAUUACAAAUCGAAAAAUGUUUAUUGUAUGAUCGUUUUCAAAAGGAAAAGAUUAAGUUAGAUUAUACGCAGGUACCGUAGCGAAGACAAAAAUCAAUUAAUGAAUCACAUUCUUAUAAUUAUAAUAAAGUUUAGUACAAACAAUCGAUUACUCUAGCUAAAUGGGACUAAAGCGAGAAAUCAGACGAAAUAUUUUGAUUAUUUUUAAUAUAAGAC